AUGGAGUCGUUGUUGGAGCUUUGCGAUUUGAUCGCCAAAAAUCCGACCCAAUUUUCGGAGAAGAUUGUGUGGAUUUGCAAUCGGUGCCCACAACCGGAUUCGAUGUUAAUUGGAUCGCCUAGGGUGUCUAAGUCACAGCUCAAUGCCAUUGUCACCGUUGCGCGAUUCCUCUCUAAAUGCCCGAAUAGUGAACUAGAAACCCCUAAAUCUAUCUUCCUCGCGUUCUACCGCUCAAUUCCGGCCUCUUUUGACGUUGCUUUUUGGCCCCAGUCAUUUUCAAAUGAGUCGAUUUCUAAUUUUUUUAGUAAUUUCCUGAAUUAUGUUUGUAAAGCCGCUGAAUUGUCGCCUGAUACCUCUACUGACGUAGCUGGGUUCACAGGCGAAAUUGUGCUUCAGGCAAUUAUGAAAGUUGAUUCUGGGAUUUCUCGGGUAUUUUUGAACGCAUUGUGUUUGAAUUUUCCUGUGAUUUUACCUUCCGAUGGAGAUAGAUUAGUUACGGCCCUCCUUGAUCGCUAUGAAAUUGCUGUCUCAAAUUCGGUGCGUGAGAGGAUUUCAAAUACCCCUGAUGCGGUUUCAGCUCAGAGCUCUCCUCUGAACGUGAAUCAUUAUCAGUCUCCUGGUAAUGAAGCCAGCAUUGCCUCAGCUGAUUCCGCAAACAGCAUAGCAUCUAAUGGGGGCAGCAUUACGUGGAAGAGCAGUGUGGAUUUAUUGGACGGGAGCAUUGUGUUCAAUGAUGGAGGGGAAAAGAAAGACUUGACAUCUUUUCAGGAGGAGUCAGUGGAAAUCCUUGAAAAACAAGAGCUUGUUUUUAAGUUGACAGGACACAUAUUGGAUAAAGUGGCCAUUGAUCCUAAGCUUUUGGAGCAAGUAAGAGUUUUAGUCAAGGAACAACUCCAAUCAAUGCGGGCUUUUUUAAAGAUAAGGAAGCGUGAUUGGACUGAGCAAGGACAUUUACUGAAAGACAAGAUUAAUAUAAAGCUAUCUGUUUACCAAGCAUCAGCAAGGUUGCUAAUUAAGACUCUUGCAUCUCUUGACACGGAAGCAAAGUCAUCAAAGAGAUUGUGGCUUGGAGCCCUUGCAUUGUUGAUCGAGGCUGCAGAGGCAUGCUUGUUCUCAGUGUGGCGGAAAUUAAGGGCUUGUGAAGAGCUGUUUGGCUCAUUGCUUGUUGGGAUUUCUCAAGCUGCCGUUACACGUGGUGGCCAGCUGCUCCGGCUUCUACUUAUUCACUUUAAACGCCUUGUCCUUGUUACUUGUGCUCAGGCUGAUACGUCAGCCAGCAGUCAGGGAGCUAUGUUCGAAAGUGUCUUGAAAACAUGUUGUAAUAUAGUUGACUUUGGAUGGACAAGAGACCGAUCUCCAGUGGACACUUUUAUUAUGGGAUUAGCUACUAGUAUUCGUGAAAGAAAUGAUUAUGAGGAAGAGGAUGAGAAAGAGAAGCGAGCAGCUCCAGCUUUGCAACUGAAUGUCAUACACUUGCUAGCUGAGUUGAAUGUUGUUGUUAACAAGCCUGAAGUGGUAGACAUGAUAUUGCCCCUAUUUAUUGAAAGUCUAGAAGAGGGUGAUGCCUCAACUCCCGGCUUAUUGAGACUCCGUCUUCUUGAUGCUGUUUCUCGCAUGGCAAGUUUAGGUUUCGAGAAGUCUUACCGUGAAGCUAUUGUUUUGAUGAUUCGGAGCUAUUUGAGCAAACUCUCUAGUGUUGGCUCUGCUGAAAGUAGAACUGAGUUACCAGAAGCCACAGCAGAACGUGUUGAGACUUUACCUUCAGGCUUCUUGUUGAUUGCUAAAGGCAUUAUGAGCAAUAAAUUGCGUUUGGAUUAUCGCCAGCGUCUGCUGUCAUUAUGCUCAGACGUGGGCUUAGCCGUGGAGUCCAAAAGUGGAAGGAGUGGAGUGGAUUUUCUUGGACCUCUAUUACCUGCUGUGGCCGAAAUAUGUUCUGACUUCGAUCCAAGUGGAGAUGUGGAACCUUCUGUUUUAAAGCAAUUCCGCAACUUGUGGUUCUAUAUUGCUCUCUUUGGUUUAGCACCUCCAAUACAGAAAACUCAAGUUAUGACUAAGUCAGUAUCCACUGCACUUAAUAGUGUUGGUAGCAUGGGGACUAUUGCUCUCCAUGCAGUGGGUGGACCAUACAUGUGGAAUAUGCAGUGGUCAUCCGCUGUCCAGUGCAUUUCUCAAGGGACCCCACCUCUUGUUGUGAGCUCUGUGAAAUGGCUUGAAGAUGAGUUGGAACUUAAUGCUCUUCAUAACCCUGGUAGUCGUAGUGGGACUGGAAAUGAGAAAUCAGCUGUGAGUCAGAGAACUGCUCUUUCUGCUGCUCUAGGAGGGAAAGUGGAGGUUUCUGCGAUGAGUACAAUUUCAGGUGUCAAAGCAACCUAUCUUCUAGCAGUAGCAUUUUUGGAGAUAAUACGAUUUAGCAGCAAUGGUGGCAUCCUCAAUGGUGGCGUUAGUUCAACUGCAUCUCAAAGUGCCUUCAGCUGUGUCUUCGAAUACUUAAAAAGUCCUAAUCUUGUGCCGGCUGUCUCCCAGUGCUUGACUGCUAUUGUUCACCGGGCUUUUGAAACAGCUAUAGCGUGGCUGGGGGAUCGGGCAUCUGAGACUGGACAAGAAGCUGAGGUUAGAGAGUCUACUCUUUCUAUCCACGCUUGUUUUCUCAUAAAAAAUUUGUCUCAGCGGGAUGAGCAUGUGCGAGAUAUCUCAGUUAAUUUGUUAACUCAACUCAGAGAUCGAUUUCCUCAGAUUUUGUGGAAUUCUUCAUGUCUGGAUUCCCUACUACUAUCAAUGCAUAACGAUCCACCUUCAGCUCUUGUGAAUGAUCCGGCUUAUGUUGCUAGUGUUCGCUCUUUGUACCAAAGAAUUGUUCGGGAAUGGAUCAUUGUUUCACUUUCACACGCUCCAUGCACUAGUCAGGGUCUGCUUCAGGAAAACCUUUGCAAAGCUAAUACAUGGCAGAGAACACAGCCUACGGCUGAUGUUGUUUCUCUUUUGUCUGAGAUAAGGAUUGGUAUGGGCAAAAAUGACUGUUGGUCUGGUACAAAAACUGCAAAUAUUCCUGCAGUCAUGGCUGCAGCUGCUGCAGCAUCUGGAGGAAACUUGAAAUUGACUGAAGCAUUCAACUUGGAGGUGCUCGGUACUGGUAUGGUUAGUGCAACAGUAAAGUGUAACCGUGCAGGAGAAAUUGCUGGCAUGAGAAGGCUGUAUGAAAGCAUAGGUGGCCUUGACAACAUGCCAGCAAUUGAUAAAGGUCUUAAUCUUGAUCUUGCAGUACUGGAAUCUGGAGCACCUGUACAACGUUCACAAUCCAAAAAUGAAUCUUUCAAUGAAAAGUUACUUUCCAGGUUUGUGCGUCUGCUCCAGAAAUUUGUAAACAUCGCGGAAAAGGGUGGGGAAGUGGAUAAAUCAUCAUUUCGCGAAACUUGUUCUCAAGCAACUGCAUUGCUUCUUUCCCAUCUGGAUUCAGAUUCAGAGUCCAACAUUGAGAUCUUUUCUCAACUUCUUCGUCUUCUUUGCUGGUGUCCAGCCUACAUAAGCACGCCUGACACCAUGGAGACUGGUGUGUAUAUUUGGACAUGGUUAGUUUCAGCUGCGCCUCAAUUGGGUUCCCUUGUCCUUGCUGAGCUUGUUGAUGCAUGGUUGUGGACGAAAGACACCAAGCGAGGCCUUUUUGCAUCUGAAAUAAGGUGUGCUGGACCUUCUUCAAAGUUAAGGCCUCACCUUGUUCCUGGAGAGCCUGAACCGCAGCCUGAGAAGGAUCCUAUUAAACAGAUAAUGGCUCACAGACUGUGGCUUGGAUUUUUGAUUGACCGAUUUGAGGUAGUUCGACAUGACAGUGUUGAGCAGCUUUUGUUACUUGGUCGGAUGUUACAAGGGACAACAAAACUUCCUUGGAGUUUCUCCAUGCAUCCUGCUGCCACAGGAACCUUUUUCACUUUUAUGCUUUUUGGCCUAAAAUUUUGCUCAUGCCAGUUACAAGGGAAUAUCCAGAACUUCAGAAGCGGUCUUCAGUUGCUGGAAGAUAGAAUUUACAGGACCGCUUUAGGGUGGUUUGCUCAUGGACCUGAAUGGUAUGAUUUGACUAACAACUUUGCUCAGACUGAAGCUCAAUCCCUUUCCGUAUUUGUCCAUCAUCUUCUAAAUGAGCGAGUGGGCUCUUCCCAGAUAGAUUCGAAUGGACGGGGACUUGAAAAUUGCAGCUCUAUGAAUGACGCGAAGGAUCAAUAUCACCCAGUCUGGGGUCAGAUGGGGAACUAUGCUGUUGAGCGGGAAAAGCGGAGGCAGUUACUUCUGACGUUAUGCCAGCAUGAGGCGGAUAGACUUGAGGUUUGGGCACAACCUGUUGGCUCCAAGGAUAACAGUUCUCGGCUUAAAAUUAGCUCUGAGAAAUGGAUUGAAUUUGCUAGAACAGCUUUCUCUGUUGACCCUCGAAAUGCUUUGUCCUUGGCUGCAAGAUUUCCAACAAAUUCUGCUCUGAAGGCCGAAGUCACCCAACUCGUUCAAUCACAUAUAUUGGAGAUACGCAGCAUUCCUGAAGCUUUGCCUUAUUUUGUUACCCCUAAAGCAAUAGAUGAAAAUUCCACGCAUCUGCAACAAUUGCCACACUGGGCAGCUUGUUCAAUCACACAGGCUCUGGAGUUCCUUACUCCUGCAUAUAAAUGUCAUCCACGAGUCAUGGCUUAUGUUCUCAGGGUGUUAGAGUCAUAUCCUCCUGAGCGAGUGACUUUCUUCAUGCCUCAGUUGGUGCAGGCUCUAAGAUAUGAUGAAGAGAAGUUGGUUGAGGGAUACCUGCUUAGAGCUGCACAAAGGAGUGAUAUUUUUGCACAUAUCUUGAUAUGGCAUUUACAGGGUGAAAAUUGUGUUCCGGAGUCGGGAAAAGAUGCAGCCUCUGCUAAGAAUAGCGCGUUUCUAGCACUACUACCAGUUGUUAGACAGCGAAUUAUUGAUGUUUUCAAUCCUAAAGCCCUUGACAUAUUCAAUAGAGAAUUUGAUUUCUUUGACAAAGUAACAUCUAUAUCAGGUGUCCUCUUUCCACUUCCAAAGGAGGAAAGGCGAGCUGGCAUAAGGAGGGAGUUGGAAAAGAUUGAAAUGGAUGGAGAUGAUCUCUAUCUACCGACAGCUCCUAAUAAACUUGUCAGGGGCAUUCAGGUUGAUAGUGGAAUUCCUUUACAAUCAGCUGCAAAAGUUCCUAUAAUGAUCACAUUUAAUGUUGUGGAUCGCGAUGGAGAUCACAGUGAUGUAAAGCCCCAAGCUUGUAUUUUCAAGGUGGGAGAUGACUGCAGACAAGAUGUUCUUGCUUUACAAGUUGUUUCACUUUUGAAGGACAUCUUUGAAGCUGUUGGACUUAAUCUGUAUUUGUUUCCCUAUGGAGUUCUCCCAACUGGUCCAGAGAGAGGAAUUAUUGAGGUUGUGCCCAAUACACGAAGCAGGAGUCAGAUGGGUGAGACCACUGAUGGUGGCUUGUAUGAGAUUUUUCAACAAGACUUUGGGCCUGUUGGUUCUCCCAACUUUGAAGCUGCUCGUGAGAACUUCCUCAUUAGCAGUGCUGGUUAUGCAGUUGCCAGCCUCUUGCUUCAACCAAAGGAUAGACAUAACGGGAAUCUUUUGUUUGACAGUGUGGGUAGGCUUGUCCAUAUUGAUUUUGGUUUUAUACUGGAAACUUCACCUGGCAACAAUAUGCGAUUCGAAAGUGCCCACUUUAAACUGAGUCAUGAGAUGACUCAAUUACUCGACCCAUCAGGAGUAAUGAAAAGUGACACUUGGUACCAAUUUGUAAGCUUGUGUGUGAAGGGUUAUCUUGCUGCACGCCGCUAUAUGGAUGGUAUCAUAAACACAGUGUUAAUGAUGCUUGAUAGUGGAUUGCCUUGCUUCAGCAGGGGUGACCCGAUUGGAAAUCUUCGGAAGAGAUUUCAUCCUGAAAUGAGCGAGCGAGAGGCAGCCAAUUUUAUGAUCCGCAUAUGCACUGAUGCAUACAAUAAGUGGACUACCGCUGGUUAUGAUUUGAUUCAGUAUUUGCAACAGGGCAUUGAAAAAUGA